AUGCCCACCACCGGCUACUCCUCGGCCAACAUCCACACCCUAGACCCAGAAAAAGACACCGAGCCACCUCUAACCGAAACCGCGGCCCCUGAACCCGUCGAAGCAAACCCAAACCAACGUCAAAAAUGGAACACCAACACCCCUUCACCCGACGCGCCAAACCCUGAAUCACUCAGUUCCAAACAUGCUACACACUUCUACACAGUCUCCUACCUAAUAUUCUUCUCGAUAUUCGGUACACUCGCCCGCCUCGGCCUCCAAGCCUUGACAUUCUACACCGGCGCACCCGUCGCCAAUGUCGCAGGAAGUGUGGUUAUGGGUUUUCUCAGCGAAGACAAGAACCUCUUUCGCGAGGAAUGGGGAAAUUCGACACGCGCACCGAAUACCGAGGACGCGGAACACCUGAAGAAACACAAAGCUGUGAAGAAGACCAUACCGCUAUACAUCGGCCUGACCACUGGGUUCUGCGGCUGCUUCACGUCGUUUUCGUCGUUUAUGCGCGAUGUCUUUCUUGCGCUCGCCAACGCACUUCCGGACCCGAGUUUGCCAGACGGGUACGGCGUUGCGUCGCGCAACGGCGGGUACAGUUUCAUGGCGCUCGUGGCUGUCAUACUGGUGACUGUUUCGUUGAGUUUGUCGGGGUUGCUCUUCGGCGCGCAUCUUGCUCUUGCGCUGGAGUCGAUCACGCCCACUGUGCCCUUUGCGUUCACUCGCAAGUUUCUUGAUCGUUUUGUCGUCGUGUUGGCGUGGGGAUGCUGGCUCGGCGCCGUGUUCCUGGCGAUCUGGCCACCAGAUCGGGACGGCAGGGAGACCUGGCGCGGGCGUGCGGUCUUUGCGCUGGUCUUUGCGCCGCUGGGCUGUCUGUUGAGGUUGUACGUCUCGCUGGCUCUGAACAGUCGCAUCCCGGCGUUCCCGCUUGGUACAUUUGUCGUGAACAUGAUCGGCACUGCUGUGGAGGGCUUAUGCUAUGAUUUGCAGCAUGUGUCUGGCCUCGGCGCUGUGGUUCCAUCUGCGUUGGUCGGGUGCCAGCUGCUGCAGGGUGUCAUGGAUGGGUUCUGUGGAAGCACGACGACCAUCAGCACGUGGGUUUCUGAGUUGAAUGGUUUGGGAAGGAGAAGACAUGCAUAUGUUUACGGGAUGAGCAGUGUGGGUAUUGGGCUUGGGCUGAUGGUUGUUAUUAUGGGGUCGUUGUUAUGGACGCGUGGAUUUGAGGGUCCUGUUUGUGGAUGA